CAGCUUCUUCUCCGUCUGCAACGCGACUCAGGUCUGGCAGUAACGGCGUGGUGGCCAUCAUUCUAUCCCUAGUGCUCCUUCUCGCAACACCGAUAGCCACACCCCCACAAGCCGCUGCCAACUCGGUUUCCGCCAGCAAUCGAAUCCCCGCUGCAGCAGCGCUGCUUGCACGAUCCGCAAUUCACGGGCCAACACCCAUCGCCAACAUCCCCCUCUUCCCCUCCGCUUCCCCCGCCACCACCACAAGCGACGGAGCCGCGGCUGUAGCGCCCGCGCCUGCUCCGCCGCGCUCCACGUCAUCGGCGCCCGAAUCCCCUCCCGCCAUGACUCGUGGCGGAACGGGAGGCGCGGUCAGCUUGGAGCGCGCGCCGGUGGGGGCGGAGAUUCUCCUUAACGCGGUGAAGGCCGCGGGGCUGCGCGCGCGCGCGAGCGCGUGCGUGUUCGACGCGGAAAAGCGGACAUUCGCGCUUGUGGCGGGGCUGAGUACACUGGUUCCGCUCAACUCGACGGACGCGUGGGCGCCUCCCAUUGGUCGGAAGGUGCUGACGAAUGACUGCCAGUUCUUGAUCGACGCCACGUGUCAAGAUGUCACGCCCACUGGCGGAUGCGACGACCACAACGAAUGCACGACUGACACGUGUGUGCCUGCCGACCCAGCCACGUGUAUGCCUUAUCCGGACUGCCUCUUAGCGGGCCCGUCCUGUUCCUAUACCGCGUCUCCCGAUAGUGUCACGAACCCAGAUUGCAUCGCGCCACAAACUCCCCCGUCGGCGCCAGCAGGCUCGGUUUCAUCCGCUUCCGCCAAUGUAUCCGCGGGCGAUGGCGGAAGCGGGGACGAGGGGGAAGUUGGCGGAAGCGGAGAAGGCGAGGGGAAAGACGAGGAAGGGGGGGAGAACGCGGGGACUGCGGAUUCGGAUGCGAAGAGCGCGGAAGGGGAGCAAAGCGGCGCAAACGACACGUCUGCUUCGGACGGCGGCGACGCUUAUAACGAGGAUGGCACUGGAGAUAAUAACGAGGACGGGUCAGAUGACACUAUCGAGAUCGUGGGAACCAUGCCGCCGCCUCGCAGCGCGUGCAUCUUCAUUCCCCACAAGAACCGCUUCAUGAUCCGCUUGAAGAACCGCUUCCGCGUCCGCCUCUCCGCAAGCGACGCGUGGGCGCCGCGGCCCGGGGAAGUCGCCAUGACCGGCAACUGCCGAUUUAUUAUCGACUCGGCAUGCGGGGUGGUGGGGAGGCCUGGGGGGUGCGACGACGGGGACGAAUGCACGGAAGAUUACUGCUUGUGGCAGGGCGGGAAUAACACCAUCGGGAGUUGCACCCCGUUCCCGUCGUGUUUCUACGAGAGCGCGCGGUGCGAGCGGCGCGUGAAGGAGGAGUGCGUUGGUGGAGGGGGAGGGGGAGAGGCGGGCGAUGGGGGGUUUGCGGCGGGUGGCGGAAACGGGAUUCGAACUGUGACUAGCGCCGGUGCUGCCGUGACUGGCGGAGCUGGCGGAGCUGGCGGAGCUGGCGGCGCCGACGGCGCUGGCGGUGGCGGCGAUGGUGGUGACGUCGGGGGUGACACAGGGGAGGGUGUGGCUGAAGCGGAUGGCAACAGCACAGCCACUGACGGAAAGGAGAGCAGCAGCGAUGGCAGCAGCAAUGGCGGCGGCGAUGGCGGCGGCGAUGGCGGCGGCGAUGGCGGCGGUAUGAGCACGGAAGAAAUAGAGGCAAUGGAGGAGGAAGCUUUAGCGCAGCGGCAGGCGCACGGGCAAGGGGCGCAGCAGCAAACCUCAGGAGACGAGGACGAUUCACCAGGCUCGGCAGAAUCAGGCUCGGAAGACCCGGACCUCCUCGCGCCGCGCCUGCGCGCGCCCCUCCCCCGCCCCGCGUGCCUGUUCCGCCCGAAGGAGGGCCUGUUCGUGCGCGUGGAGGGAUGGCCGUUCUCCGCGCGCCUGUCCCGCGCGGACGCGUGGGCGCCGCCCCCCGCCGCCACGACGCUCUCGGGGGACUGCCGCUUCGAGCUCGACUCGUUCUGCUCGGUCGUGUCGCGCGUCGCGCGCGGGUGCGACGACGGCGACGCGUGCACGCUCGACACGUGCGCGUGGGCGGGGCGCGCGAACCGUGUCGGCAGCUGCGAGCCGUUCCCGUCGUGCUUCUACUCAUCCGCGUUCUGCGUGCACACGGACCUGUGCGGAAGGCCGGCGGGGAACGGCACGCGCGCGCGGGGAGGGGUGGUGAAAGAAACAAUGGUGGGUGGUGGAGGCGUGAGGGGGGAUUCAGAUGCGGGGAGCGGUGGUGCUGCUGCUGCUGACGGAACUGACGCUGAUGCUGACGGUGAUGGUGACGGUGAUGGUGACGGUACUGAUGCUGAUGCUGACGUUGAUGGUGACGCUGAUAAAAAUGCUGAUGCGGAUGGUACUGGUGAUGGUGAUGGGGAUGCUGAGGAGGUGAACGAUCCUUACUCCGACCCUCCGGAUCAGGAAUGGCCGAACUUCCAGAUCUACCCUCCCCCCAAAACAGGCUCGGUGGUGGAAGCUUCACAGAACCUCCCCUCGGGCGCAGGAGGAGAUUCCAACGGAACCACCACGCAAGACGUGCUGCGCACGCUUUCCCAGCCUAUCCCCUUUACAGACACCUCCGUUUCAGGCUCUUUCAACGUGUACCAUUUCGGCGCCCUGGGCGAUGGGCAGAACGACGAUGGCGAGGCUAUCGAGGCAGCUUUUAACGAAGCAUGCAAGUGGGCGAUAGACAAUAACGCCAAAGCAACGGUCACGAUUCCUGCUGGAGCUGAUUUCCUCACCACCCCCAUGGUAUUCUCAGGGCCCUGCGGGCCAGGUGUCAUCUUCUUAUUGGACGGGAGAAUUCUGGCUCCAAACAUGCCCGUUUCUUCCUACCAAUCAGCUUACAGCGUGGUGGCGCAUCUUUAUUUCGACCGGGUGACCGGGCUGACCGUGACGUCGUCCGGGCAGGGCAGGCAGGCGGGAAGUUUUGACGGGCAGGGGCUGGAGACGUGGCGGGAACAUUUGUCGCUCGGGCAGCCCGACUCAUACGCGCGACCGAAAGGGUUGUCUUUCCAAAAGUGUGAUAAUCUCGUUAUAGAGCAGAUUACUGUACGAAACCCGCCAGAGAUGCACAUCAGCAUUCAGGAGUGCAACAACGUGAUUGUACAGGAGGUGACUGCAAUGAGUCCGUACAACAGCCCUGGGACUGACGGGCUGCACCUGGCGGCGGCGACGAAUGUGAUUAUAAGGAACUGCAGGAUGCACACGGGUGGCAACGGCAUCGCUAUAGUGGAUAAGAGCGCCAACAUCAGCAUCAGCCACGUGUUCAGCUCGGCUGGUCGCGGCAUCAGCAUCUUCAAUCUCGGUCAGGACCACUUCACGGCAUGUGUAACGAAUGUGACUGUAAGGAACGCGACGGUGUACGGAGGGAGGAACGCACUGCGCAUAAGCACGUUCCAGGGCGGCAGGGGGUGUGUCUCCAACGUGCACUUUGCUGACGUGGAGGUCAUCGAGACGACCGAACCAAUCAAAAUCGACCAGACCCGCUGCAGUGACGGCUCCUACAGCUGCAGCAGCAGCACUGAUGCUGACGACAGUGACAGCGACGAUGCUGGUAACCCGGUUACCACCAGCAGCACCAGUGACAGCACAAACACCAGCAGCAGCAGCAGCAGCAGCAGCGAUGCAGUGGCGAUCAGCAAUGUGUCGUUCCGCAACAUCUACGGCACGAGCAACCACACGCACGGGAUCUACGUGCGCUGCAGCGCCACCGUGCCAUGUGUCGGCGUCUCAUUCGCCGACAUCAACAUCACCCCCAGCAGGAGCCUGCUCAAGGCCCAGGCGGCAGAAACACAGCUACAGCCGCCGCUACAGCCAGAGGGGUCAAAGCUACAGCCUGGGGGGUCAAAGCUACAGCCUGGGGGGUCAAAGCUACAGCCUGGGGGGUCAAAGCUACAGCCUGGGGGGUCAAAGCUACAGCCGGGGGGGUCAAAGCUACAGCCGGGGGGGGCAGAUCUACAGCCGGAGAGGCAGCUACAGCCGGUUAUGGAGAAUGUACUGGUGACGCCUGGGAGUAGCAUCAAGUCUCCCUUGGGAAUACCGGAGCUGAAAAAGGAGGUUACGGCGGAGGAGGAGGGGAGGAUUCGUGCCAUGAUGAGCGCGUGUGAGUACCCGUUCCGAGUGGUUGAUUUGGAUGCUAUUUUGGCUCCUUUUCGCCAGGCUGGCGCGAAGAUCCAAUCGCAAGGUGACACGUCAGCAGGGGGAGGUGAGGGAGAGAGGGCGGUUGGGGAAGGAGGGGAGGAGGAAGUGUCUGGACUGACUGCGGUGGAGAGUGGGAAUGGUGACGGAGGUGAUAGUAGCGGGAGUGGUGAGGGUGGUGAUAGUAGCGGGAGUGGUGAGGGUGGUGAUAGUACCGGGAGUGAUACUAGUGGGAGUGAUACUAGUGGGAGUGAUACUAGCGGGGAUGAUGGUAGCGGGGAUGAUAGUAGCGGGAGUGGUGAAGCGUCGAGCAAGCAGGAGGAGGAGAAGAAGAGGAGGGAAGAGAUAUUGAAGCGAGUGAGGGAGACCGGGAGGAAGAGGGAGGCACUGCGGCAGAAGUGGAGAGAGGCGAGGAGGAAGAGAAGCGGAGGGGUGGCCAAGCAGACCCAGGUGGAUGGAGAUGGGGUUAAGGUCGCAGGAGGGAGCGGCGAAGGGAGUAACGGGAGUGCGGGAGGUGGGAGUGAGGGAGGAGGGAGUGAGGGAGGAGGGGAGGGAGGGGCCCAGGGCAGCGGUGGAGGCAAGUCAAGUGAUUCUAGCAGCAGCAAUAGUGGGGGUGAGUCAAGCAGCGGAGGUGAGUCAAGCAGCGGAGGUGAUGGUGGGGCUUCUCAGGACCCUAGUGGGACCAGUGGGUCGAGUGACGGAGGAAAGGACAAUGGUAGCACCAGUCAUGGUGGUGGUGGUGGUGGUACUGCUGAUGGUGGUGGUGCUGAUGGUGAUGCUGCUGCUGACGGUGGUGGUGAUGGUGCGGAUGGUGAUGGUGGGUCUGGAUCAGGGGAAGGAGAACAAGGAGGGGACAACAGUGCCAAGGGAGGAGGGGAGGGAGGAGGGGAGGGAGGAGGGGAGGGAGGAGGGGAGGGAGGAGGGGAGAGUGGAGGAAACAAGGGUGCUGGAGGCCAAGGGAGUGAGGGCAGUGCCGAUAACAACAGUGGUGGUAAUAGUAGCGCCGGUGACAAUGGCGGUGAUAAUUCCGGUGGUUUCGGUGAUGGUGCCGGUGACAGUAACGGUGAUGGGAGUGGGGGAGGGGAGGAGGAUACGAGUGGGGGCGGAGGUGGUGGUGAGGAGACAGGCAACGGGGGAGAUGACGGUGCAGGAGGAGGAGCAGGAGGAGGCGGGGGAGGAAACGGGGGAGGAAAUGGGGGAGGAGGAGGGGGAGGAAAAGGUGGAGGAGGGGGGGGAGGGGGAGGAGGGGGCGACUUUGGUGAGACCCCCCCAGCGGACUACACAGCGGACGACCCCAGUGACGACACCAGCAGCGGGGGUGAUUAUAACGCGGAUGGAGGAGCAGGUGCGGGAGAGGGAGGAGGGGGGUCUGAUGGGUCGGGAAUAGAUCCAUACGACCCUCUAGGCUCCUCAGGGUCUGGUGGUAAUGGUGGGAAUAGUGGUAAUGGUGGUUAUGGUGGGAAUAGUGGGAAUGGUGGGAAUGGUGGGAAAGGUGUUUAUGGUGGUGGUGGCAGUGGCAGUCAAGGCGGCAGCAAUGGCGGCAGCAACGGUGGUAGCAACGGGAAUGUAAGGGAUGGAGUAUCCUUGGGAAGUCGCACCAGCAGAAGUGGCACCGGCAGCACCGGCGGCACUGGGGGCUAUAGGAGUCCCGAGGAGGUUGCUGGUGCCACUGGUGGUGGUGGUGGCACAGGUGGUGGCACAGGUGGUGGUGGUGGCACAGGAAGGUAUGGCGGAAGCAGAAGGCCUGAUUACUCCUCGCGUGAGACUCCUUCUGGAUCUUCAGGUGGUUUUCCAGGCGGGGAUGAUGGGAGUGAAUCAGGUGGCGACACGUCGGACGGUGACGCAGGAGGGGAGGGCGAGGGCAGCAGCAGCGGUGGGGACAGUGGUGGGGGCAGUGGUGCGGGUGGUGAUAGUGGAGGGGGGUUUGUGGGGCACAAGGAGAGGCAGGAGAGGGCGAGGCGGGAGAGGGAGCGGCAGGGGCAGCACCUGGGCAAGGUGGGGGCGCCAAAGAAGGGCAAGAAGAAGGGAGAAGGGAAGACGGCGAAAAAGGAUGGUGGGGGAGGGAACGUGCCGGUGAUAGGAGGAGGGGUGGGAGAGUUGUCUAACGGGACCAGCUCCGCUCUGAAUUCCUCUUCGAGCUCCUCAUCAGAUUCUUCUUCGGACUCCACGUCGAAGUCCUUUUCCUCCCCAGAUUCCUCUUCCAACUCAUCUUCUAACUCCUCUUCUGUUUCCUCUCCAAAUUCCUCAUCCAAUUUCUCUUCGGAUUCCUCUUCUAGCUCAUCAGGUUUCUCUUCAGACCCCUCUCCAAAUUCCUCAUCCAAUUCCUCUUCGAGUUCCUCCUCGGAUUCAGCAAAGGACGAUUCGUCGGAUGAUGGUGCUUCUUCAGAGGGUGGUUCGUCGGAUGAAACAGGGGGGACAGAGGGUGCUGAUUCGGGGGAGGCGGGGGGGAAGGGGACGGGUGGAAAGAAUGAGACCGUGGACGCGGGUGGGGAGAAGGGGGGUGAUGCAGGCGAGGAGGGUUCAGGAGAGGGGGAGAAGGAACAGGAGGGGGAAAAGGGGGGUGGUGAGGGAGGGAGUGCGGGAGGAGAGGAGGCAUCACAGGAUGGGCAAGGGGACGAGGGGACGGAUGGGAAGGAAAAAAGCUCGGCAGAGGAAGGGAGUGGUGGACAGGUGAAGGAAGAAGAGCAAGCAAAGAACACCACAAGAAGUGGAGAGGUGAAGAGCGGAGGAGGAGCGGACCCGCCCAAAAGUAGUGAUGAGGAGAAAGCGGCAGGUGAUGGAGGGGUGGAGGAAGGGGAGACAAAAAACACGACAAGCAGUGAGGAGGUGAAGAGCGGAGGAGGACCGGAUUCGCCCACAAGCAGCAGUGAGGAGGAGAAGGGGGCAAGUGAUGGUGCAGCAGAAUCUCCCACCGGGAGCAACACGGAAGCUUCUGGAGAGGAGAGCGACGACGCGGGUGGGGAAGGAAGCAAUGCGAUUGCGCCUUGUGUUGGGGAUGGUGGGAAUGGAGAUGAGGGAGUUGAGAAGAGCAGCGCGGGAGCACAAGGAAGUGGUGAUGGCUCCGACGGUGGGACGGGGAAAGGGGAAGAAGGGGAUGUGCAAGGUGAUGCAGUGAAGGGCACUGCACCGAGCGGAGAUGGGGAGGAUGCUGGGGCGGCAGCAUCUGAUAGUGACGUGGAUGCGCUACUGCCUCAUGGCUGGGGUGCUGCAGCUGGGAGUGGAGGAGGGACGGGGAAUGGGAGGAGGGAGAGGCUGUACAGACCAGCAGUGCAGCCUAAUGCGGUUGUGAUUGGGGGAGGAGGGGGCGGGAAGGGGAAUGCAGUGGCUGCCUCCACUGACCAGGCUGGAUCCCCCCCCUCUUCCUCCUCCACCACCUCCACUGCAGGUGGUGUGCGCCUAGUAGCUGCUGGAGUCAUGCCGACGUACAGUGCAGGAGACAUGGUGUAG